AUGCAAGCCAACAGCCGACACUAUUCAACGUCCAAAAGUCCAUUUUGGACGCUUCCUUUUUUAUCCAAAAAAAACGAUAAAACAUCGUCAGAAAAGAGGGAUGAACAAGCAAUAGUUGAAAGCCACGAUGACAUUGCAGCGAAAGAAAGGCGAUCCUUGGAAGAAGAAGCUCGCAAAUUCAAUCGAUUCAUUGCAUCGCUGGUCACAGACCAUAACAAAAAAGAGAAUCAGCAGCCAACCCCAGCACCACCAUCAGCACAGCAGCAACAGCAACAGCAAAACAAAAGAGGUCGGUUGACUGAAAAACUGGAAUGGCCAGAGCUGCCUUCAGUCGAUGUUAUCAACGCCAAAUUGGCAGAACUUUACCCACAGUUUAUAACACAAUUCAGCAAGUUACGAGAGGGGUAUGCCCAUCUCUGGGACUAUUUAAGUAUGGAGGAAUUUCGAAGGAUUGUAGAUGAAGUAAAGAAUGAAAUGCAAGAUUCAAAACUAUACCCAGAAAUAACCAGAGAUGCGAUCGUGAGAGAAGGAAAUGAUUUAUCAGCAGAAGAGAAAGCCUUCAUUGACAAACGAAAACAAUUUCAAAAACAAGCUUUUGCAAAAUUUAUUCAUCAAGAUGCCGCCCAGAUCGACGUAAGAGAUAUACCCGUCAUUGGACUCGCUACCAGUGGAGGUGGGUAUCGUGCCAUGGUAGGGCUCACAGGUUACUUGCAGGCCAUGAAAGCAUCUGGCUUUUUGGACACUGUCAUGUAUUUCUCGGGCAUUUCAGGAUCCUGUUGGUCCAUGUCGUUGUAUUACCAUCCAUUGACACAGGCGGAUCCUGCCCGUAUGAAAGCUCACUUUAAAGAGCAACUCAAUACACACUGGGCCAAUAUAUCCAAUUUUAUUCAGCUUUUAACCUCCUCGCCCGAGAAAAGUAAGAUGCUGUUACAAGGUGUUAUACAACGCUAUAGUCAACAAAAAGGAGACAUUAGUUUUGUGGACCUAUUUGGCGUUCUCAUGGGCGGCCGAUUGGGAGAAAAGGACGUAGAUUCUCCUAAAGUAUUACAAUUAUCGCAGCAGGCAGACUACUUGAAAGAUGGUUCAGAGCCGAUGCCCAUCUAUUGUGUAGUACGACACGAUAUUAUUUCCAACGGAAAGAAGGCGGAGGAUAGAACCCAAGAACUGAAAAAGCAGAUGGGUAAAAAGAAAAAUGAACAAGUGAAAGAGCUCGAGGCUUUGGAAAAAGCAAAGACGGAAAAUCAUCAUGAUACAUAUCAAUGGUUUGAAUUCACUCCUUUCGAGAUGGGUUGUGAAGAAAUUGAAGCUUGGGUUCCUAUAUGGGGUUUUGGUAGAGAGUUUGAAAAAGGCAAGAAUGUGGAUAGAAUACCUGAACAAACCUUGGAUAUCCUCAUGGGCACAUUCGGAUCGGCUUUUGCUGCUAGUCUCGUUCAUUUUUACCAAGAAAUACGCAGUUUCUUACCUUCAGGCUCUUUGAACAAGAUCGAUGAAGCGAUGACUCGUUACGAAGCAACGAUGUCUGCGUAUCAUCCUAUCUCACCCUCCUCGUUUCCUAACCCAUUCUAUAAAAUGUCAAACACCAGAGAGACAAUUGUUCUUGAACGGCCAGAUGCCUUGGUGAACGCUAAAGAAUUGUAUCUUAUGGAUGCUGGCAUGGAUAACAAUAUACCCUUCUAUCCCUUGCUACGCAACGGACGCAACGUCGACGUCAUCUUGGCCGUAGAUUUAAGUGCGGAUAUACAGACGGCUCCUCAUUUUGACCGGGCAGAAAGUUAUAUCAAAAGAAGAGGGAUUGAAGGUUGGCCAUCAGGCGCAGGAUGGCCCAAGGAAGCAUCAGUCAAUGACGGCAAAAGUAAGGAGAAAUAUGCUUUAGGCACAUGUACUCUAUUCGAAGCAACGUCAAAAGAACAAGACCUGAUCUCUAGACAUGACGACGACGAGGUGGACACAAACGAAUAUGUGGUGACCAGACGAAAACAGCCCAUCACGCUAGCUUAUUUUCCGUAUAUUGUGAAUCCUCGGUAUGAUCCAGAUUUUGAUCCGCAAGAAGCCGAAUUUUGUAGUACCUGGAAUUUUGUCUAUACGUCUGAACAGAUCGACAAAGCUACUGGAUUAGCUGAAGCCAACUGGAAUGAUAAUGUAGAUACAAUAAGGUCCUUACUAAGAAAGGUUUGGGAGAAAAAGAGGCAAGCUAGGCUUCAAAGAGAAGGAGGCAAAGAGGACGAAACAGAUGCCUCCACUUUUGUAAAUGAUUUAUUCUAA